AUGGCUCAGCUGGAAAACGAGUAUGGCAGUUUUGGCGGUGACAAGACCUACCUCCAAAGAAUGGCGGGCAUUCUGAGAGACAAUUUUGAAGUCUUUUUGUACACCAACGAUGGCGGCGGCAAAGGUUACUUGGCCGGAGGGACGUUACACGGCGUCCUCGCGGUUGUGGAUGGCCGCGACCCGAAAGAUGGUUUCAAGGCUCUAGACAAAUACGUCACUGACCCUACUAUGCUGGGACCUCGUCUGUACGGCGAGUACUGGCUUCAGUGGUUCGACAAUUGGUCUGCCUCCGUCACUCAUAGCAACGGAUCUGCCGACAAAAACAGGAUUGACACACACAUUAAUAACCUUGAAUGGAUCCUAAAGAACGGUAACUCCUUCAACAUAUACAUGUUUCACGGUGGUACCAACUUUGGCUUCGAGAGCGGCAGCACCGGGGCGAACCCGACCACGGCUGUCACCUCAAGUUAUGACUAUGGCGCGCCGCUGGAUGAGACUGGCAGGCCGACCGAGAUUUAUUACAGGCUCCGCGAUAUGAUCACAAAGUACGCACAUUCUGGAAGCAUCCCCAAGGUGCCGGCGCUUCCCAGGGUUGCCAAAGUGGACGCGUUCUCCCUUAAGCCCGUCCUUUCGCUCUUUGGUACUCGUUCGUAUCAGCCACAGAGGGACUCUCAUAGCCCUGCGGCUAUGGAGUCUCUGGGCCAGUCGUACGGCUAUGUCCUCUACGAACAUAAGGUUCUUAAGAACAUCACCGGCGUGCUCCACCCCGGUGACAAACCUCGUGAUCGAGUCAUCAUCUACAUCAAUGGCAAUAAGGUCGGUGUUGGUUCCGACGGAUAUUGA